GCUGCCAUCGCUCAUUUCUACUGUGAAACCGAUAUCUUUAUCAAUCCAAAUGCUGUUUUCAAAGAGGUGCAUCGUAUUCGUCGUCGCAGCUCUUAUUCAGCUCACGGCUACUCUCCCUGUUUGUGCCCUUCCUUUCCUUGUCUGGUUUCUAAGAUUCCGCGCUCACUGUACGGUUCAGGUAUCUCGGCCGAAUGUCGCUAUCAGCAGAGAGUCAGAAUCAAACGUCAGUCCAACCACAUAUCAAUUCGGGGGAGGUGGAAGCGGAGGAGGUCCCGAUUGGUGAACCGUUUACCUCUGGCUUUUCGUGAUGACUUUGACUCGAUAUCUGCGGGCGCUGCGCUCCACAUCCAUUCCUACAUUUUUUUGAUUUCUUUGCAGUAUUCGAUAUCGUCGUAAUCACACCCUCUUUGACAUAUAUAACUACGUUGUUGGUGGGAGAAACUACAAUUACAUUCUGUAUUCAAAUAUGUAUUCCGCCGUUGAACUUUUCUUUUCUAUAUCACUGUCCUUCUUCACUUUUGGCUGUUUAUGAUCAACGUGUGGUGAUUUAGGCGUUGAUUUGUUUGGUUUCUUAACUUGGUUUGCUUCUAUUUGUGCUUAGUGCUUGAAUCCCAGUCAGAAUCGUGUAAGACCACGCACUGCGAAAAAACUCUUAUGCAUGUCGCAAAAAUCCGUUUUUCAUGAUUUGGCCGAACGCGGCAUGAUAAUGUUGUAAGAAAUUUGGAUAA